CGGAAUCCCCUCAGAGGAAAUGUAGAAGCAGACAGGACGCAGGGCUCACACACAGCUCGGCCGCACCGCUCGGUUAGACUCUCAGUUAAUUCUUCAGGCAAUAAUAACAAAACAACAACCACUCAGCGGUCAACAUGAAAGUCUCAAGCAUAGACUGCCGGCGUCUGAAAAAGAUCCUAAGGAAGGAAUCUGGAAGCUUUCUCGUCGUGGACUGCCGACCUUACUUUGAAUUCACGAACUCUAACAUCAAAGGUUCUUUGAACGUCAACUUGAAUUCGGUAGUCGUCCGGAGGUGUAGAGGAGGGCAUGCGCCCGUUCAGUUUGUCAUCCCCGAUGAGAGAGCUCUUCUACGGCUCCGGGAGGGGAGCAUAUCGGCGGUCAUAGUUCUGGAUGAGCGGACACCUCAUUGGCAAAAACUGAAGAAGGACAGCAUUGCACAGAUCGUCCUUAAUACCCUUUCACAUCUAGCCAGUGGAGCAAACAUAUGUUUCCUGAAAGGUGGAUAUGAGAACUUCCAGUCUAAUCAUCCAGAACUUUGUAACGAUGUGAAAACCGUCGUCCAGAUCGACACUGAACAAGAGAAACGACCCCUCAGGCGCUGUGAUCCGCUCUCCUUCCUCAAACCAGACUAUGAUCAGGGUAAACCCGCGGAGAUCCUGCCUUUUCUCUACCUCGGCAGUGCCUACCACGCAUCCAGGCAGGACUAUCUCAGCGACCUUCGCAUAACGGCCUUGCUCAACGUGUCCCGCCGGGAGCUACAGCCCACCAAGGAACACUUUGACUACAAAUGGAUCCCCGUGGAAGACAAUCACAUGGCCGACAUCAGCUCCCACUUCCAGGAGGCCAUCGAAUUCAUUGAUCGUGUGAAGCAAUCGGGCGGCAAGGUCCUGGUUCACUGUGAGGCAGGCAUCUCUCGCUCGCCCACCAUCUGCAUGGCCUACAUCAUGAGGACCCAGCGGCUGCAGCUGGACGAAGCCUUCGACGUCAUCAAACAGUGUCGGGCCCUCGUCUCGCCCAACUUCAGCUUCAUGGGUCAGCUCCUGCAGUUCGAGUCGGAGGUCCUUUCCUCCGCCCCGGUCCACGUCGUGGCCACGCCGGAGCCGGCCACGCCCUGCGCGCUGGAGUCGGCGUCCUUCUUCACCAGCGAGUUCACCGUCCAGAACUUUGAGCCGUCCUCCGCGACGUUCAGCCUUCCUACCUCGUUCCUGGCCCCGCUGCCGCCGCCCCUUCAGACCCCGGGACACCGCCAGUUCAACCUGAGCCCGAUAACAGCACUGCCUUAAUAGUACACACAAACACGAGAACUGUGAUUCUUGCUUAUAGUCUUACUUGAAAAAACGACGGGGACGAAAAACUAAAAUACACGUGUCGACGCUUUGUGUGUGUUUGUCUGCUGUUCGCACCAGCAAAGUCAGAGGACUGGAUGAUCACUGAAGGACACAGAAAUGUCACGGUUAUAGUAUUUAAGUCUAUGAAGUCUGUCGGCCACAGCCAUGGAUGCUGCUGGCUUGUCUUCUGUCGUUUUGAGUGAGAGAGCACAGCGUUGAACUGCAAUAUACAUGCCUUAGGUUGAUAUUGUACUUGUUAUUUGCUUAUUGAUACAGCCAGCCUGGUAUUUGAACAUAAUUUAUUUGAUAAUUAUUGUCUGUCUGUCCUACUUUUCUCAACAAAUGUGGUUGUCAAUAAAAACAAUGUACCACAGUUUAAAA